AUGAAAAAUAACUACAACUAUCAGGAAAAAACGGGCUCAAAUACUUCUCAGGGGUUGAUGUUACGUGAAAAGGCAGCUAAGAAUAUGGUUCUACGCAUAUAUACCCAGUUGAAACGGAAGAUACCAUUUUGCAAAAAACCAGUCAAGUACUGGAUUCUUGAUGAGCCUAAUUCCUUUAAAGUUUGUCCUUACGAGCUAGGUUUCAUAUUUAAAUACGAUGUUGUUCGACACUAUUUGAAGUCAAAUACUCCAUUUUACAGUAGUGUUUCCAAUACAGAAUAUAAACCACGAUUCCCAUUUCACAGAAAAAGGUCAAAAAUGUAUGAUUCCCAGUACUUCCUCAAGAGAGGAAGGUUUUAUAAAUGUUACAUGCUGGUAGGGCCUGACAUGGGCAACAGAACGAUUUAUUUCUCUACUGCUAUUAGUGAAGAUGGCAUGCUGAGGUUCAACAAUUUACUAACUGUUUAUAAAAUUCCUACCAGUAAUUCGGACAUCUUCUCCAAUUUAAAUAUAUAUAAUGGAGAUUGGGAACGGUGUAAUGAUAUGCCGGAUUUGGCAGAUCUGUUAAACGAGAAUGAGGUAGGAUUUUUACCACCUUCGGAUUUUGCUCCUGUACCUUGCCAAGUUCUCUUUUAUCAUUUCCAAGAAUCAGACGCCAUUAUAUAUCGUGAUCUGUUUGUUGUCUACAGAAAUAGAGCAAUUAAGCGUGGAUAUAUGCCUAGUUUUCCCUCGAUAUUGAUGGUUUUCCUUGAUCCACCAUAUGAAAUAUUUAUCAUGAAUGUUGAUGACAAUGGUAACAUUCUACAAGAUAAAAAGGAAGAAUAUAACGAAGUUUAUCAUGACUGUGAUGUUACGUGGGCAGAGAGACAUUGUUAUACAAAAAAUUAUUUUGUCUGUAAGGUUAAUCAGAUGAUAGAGGGAUCCAGUCGUUAUUUCACUUUGUCCUAUUUACAAGAUCAUUUGGAAAGGAACCCAGUGUUUCAUAGAAAGGGUAAGACUGGAUAUAAAAUUACCACACCAUUUCCCGAGUUUACAUACUAG